AUGAAUUCUAUUUCCGGUUGAUGGGAGAGUGUUGUUGGUGGAAUAGCGAUGGGGGAAAUCUUUGGGUUCACGAGUAAAUUGAGUUCGUAUUCAAUGACCCAGCUGAACGAGCUGCUCGAAUACGAUGACAAGCUCAAUGAAAUCGUCAAAGAAAUGGACGAGAUGCAGGAGAUGCAGCAAACUAAAGAGAUGACCCUCGCUAGUAACCGCAGUCUCGCUGAGCAGAACCUUAGCCUCCAGCCCAAUUUGGAACAACAGAAAAUGCAGCUAAUCAAGCGCUACUGCUGUUUACAGGAACUCUAUGAGGCCUACCAGCUCCGCAAAUGCACUCUAGAUCACAACUCAGGAAAAAGCUCACUAGACACACUGUUAGCCCUACUACAGGCUGAAGGAGCCAAAAUAGAAGAGGAAACAGAGAACAUGGCGGAUUCCUUCCUUGAUGGCGAUUUGUCUCUGGAUGCCUUCAUUGAAACUUAUCAAAGCAAGAGAAAGUUGGCCCAUUUGCGGCGUGUAAAGAUUGAUAAGCUGCAGGAGGUGCUGCUCAAAUGUUAUCAAAUGCCACAGGUUCCGGUCGAGCACGUUCCAUCUCAGACACCCACAUCCACUGCGUCUUUCCAUGGCCAGGUUAAUGGCUCCCCGGGUCCUAUGAGGGCAACACCUUCAACUUCAAUCCAGCUGACAGGGCAGCAGGGAGCUUUACCCUACCCAGUAACCCCUAACCCUCCUGUACAAAUGCCCAGCAUGGUGCCAUCCUACACAGGUCCACUGACACAGCCAUACACACCAGCAUUUCCCCAGAGGCCUGGUCUUCCACCAAGAACUGGCUUCAUCAUGCAGUGAAAUAAUACUUAAGUAUUUUUUUUUUUUUAUGUAAAUGAAUAACCUGGGCAUUUUCCCUGUUGCUAAAAAAAAAAAGUGAGAGAGAAGUUUGUAUGUAAGCACUUUGGUCUUGUACAGGUUUAUCCUCAAGUGUUGGUGGAUUAUUAUGAAUUGUUCUUAUUUUAUUCUUUUUUUUUUUUUAAAGUGUGAAAUAUUAAUUCUGUAGACAUAUCCACAAAAUGGACCAGUUCAGAAGAAAUUGAAAUUGCUAAAGAAAAUAGUCUAUUUGUUAAAAUUAGCAUGAAAGUUAAAACCAUUAAUUGAUGGCAAUAGAUUUGAAAGAUAUGCGGUUUCUUCAUGUAAACCAUUUUUACAUAUUGAGUAGAGACUGUAGCCAGUUUAAUAUUUUCAGAAGCACUAAAUUACUCAUUGGAACUACAGAUCCAUGUAUUUGGAAUUUUUUUUAGGGGGGAAUGCAAAUUAUAUAUAUAUAAAAUGAAGAAUUCUGUUAUGCAGUGGGUCGAAUAAGUAUUUAAUACACUGCCUAUUUCAGGUUUUCCCACUUGCAAAGAAUGGAGAAAUCUGUAAUUUUCAUCGUAGGUACACUUCAACUGUGAGAGACAGAUUCUGAAAAAAAAAUCCAGAA